CAGGUAUGCAUAUGUCGGCCUAUCCCCAUAUAUAUCAAACUCAUCGCUUAACUCCAACUCUUACAUACUAAAUUAAAUAUUUCUUGGGAGCUCCGAUCCUUGGCUAUGGCAGUGGGGGAUAUCCCAGAGAUGAAGUCGCAACUCCCUCCAGGAGAGGAAGCUAAGGAAGAAAACGACAAUAAGAAUGCUGUUGUUAAUGAGCAAUCGAAAAAAUUCUGGCGUGGAAACCGAUACAAAUGGUGGGCCGAAAUGAGCAUGUACUCCAUUUUUCUACUCUCUAGCCAGUCCGUUGGCACGCUUCUGGGCCGGCUGUAUUUCGACAAAGGUGGCAAUAGCAAAUGGAUGGCAACGCUGGUCCAAGUGGUUGGGUUCCCAAUUCUCAUCCCUCUCCUCUUCCUCCCAUCCACCAAAACCACAAAACCACAAGAUCAAGAUGGCACAAUUAGAAGUCGAAGCCCCUCUCUUAAGAUUGUUGCUCCACUUUACAUUUUCAUGGGUUUAUCCAACGCGGCAAUUUGCAUGUUAUACACAGUGGGUAUAGAAUACCUGCCCGUGACGACAUAUUCGCUCAUCUGCGCUAGCCAGCUCGGCUUCAACGCCCUCUUCUCCUUCUUCCUAAACGCCCAGAAAUUCACGCCUUACAUCGUCAACUCCCUCGUCCUGCUCACCCUCUCGUCCGCUCUCCUCGUCCUCCAGCCCGACAGCGCGUCCGACAGCCCCGCCAGGCCGACCCGGAGAAAGUACAUCAUAGGCUUCGCGUCCACCCUAGCCGCGUCCGCGGGCUACGCGUUCCUACUCGCCCUGAUGCAGCUCGCCUUCCAGCGGGUCUUCAAGAGGGCCGAGACGUUCCGCCUGGUGAUCGAGAUGACGAUCUACCAGUCGGCGGUGGCGUCCGCGGCGAUUGUGGCGGGGCUGUUCGGGAGCGGGGAGUGGAGGGGGUUGGGGGCGGAGAUGGAGGGGUUUGAGAUGGGGAGAACCGCGUACGUCAUGAAUUUGGGUUGGACGGCGGUGGGGUGGCAGGUGUUUAGCGUUGGGUGUAUUGGGCUUAUCUUUAAGGUCUCGUCUUUGUUCUCCAAUGUGAUUAGCAUUUUGGGGUUGCCUAUUCCGCCUGUUCUCGCUGUUUUCAUUUUGAAUGAUAAGAUGAAUGGUGUGAAGGUGGUUUCAAUGGUGUUGGCCAUCUGGGGUUUUGUGUCCUAUAUCUACCAGCACUAUCUCGAUGAUCUGAAAGCUAAGGCCAAGGCUAAGGCUGAAGAAGAAGUUUCUCAAGUUGCUCUGGUUCAGAGAGUGUAAAUUGGAUUAGUAGUAGCAUAUGCACUCUUUUUAGUUUUAUUAGUGUUAAGUGUAAGACUCCAUAUGCAGUAAUUGCAUGUAACUGAAUGCAGUAAAAAUAUAUAUGUAUCAAAAACUCGUGCAGAUAAAUUAAACGAAUCAAUUUGGUCGGCGUGAGACGUAUAUUCUUUAA